AUGCGGCACGGCGCGCGGUCGUCGGGCACGUUCUCGGCGUCAUGGAACGUGUGGAUCAUGGUCACCAUCGCCGUCGUCCUCGUCUUCUUCGGCGCGUGGGCCAUCUUCUCCCCCACCAACAACGCAGCCGUGGAGGCAUUGGCGGAGGAGGAGGUGGAGGAUGUGGUGGGCGAGUCAGAGCAGCGGCUGGAAGCUGAUGUGAAAGUGGCGGAGGCGAUUCAGAGGGCCAAGAACCGAGCCAAGGCCAAGGACGUGGCAGUAGAGGCAGAGUCGAGCAGCGGGCUGGCAGAAGAGACGGGCGCUGAAGGCGCAGGGGAGGAGGACGAGCAGGGGUUCUUUUCCGCCGACCUGGCAGCGGUGGAAGCAGCGUGGGACUCGGAGGACGCAGCAGCAGCAGACCCGAACGUGCCUGCAGCAGACCUGCGCACAGAGAGCACGAGCUCUGAGGCAGGCAGUGGGCUUGAGUCUCAGGCGAGGGAAUCUGAGGAGGAAGCGAGGCUGGACAUUCGAGAGGCUGCCACCAAGAAGCAGGAGAGCAAGCAGACGGAGCCCUGCUCGCCCUGUCAGGACGACUUUGGGGAGGUGGAGGGGGGAGCAACGAUCAUCCAGAACAGUCCCGAGAGCAAAGAGCCGCCGCUCAUGGCAGGGCCGGUGGGGCAGGGCACCGGGGAGGAGGGGGGCGGCGCCCUGCCCUCCCUGGACCUUGAAAACGCCAAGUUCCGGUGGCCGUCGUGCGGUGGUAACCGCACGGACUGGGUGCCGUGUCUGGACAAUGAGAAGGCGAUCAAGGCGCUGAGGACGAACAAGCACUAUGAGCACCGCGAGAGGCACUGCCCGCUGCCUGGCGAGAUGGAGAAGUGCCUGGUGCCGCUGCCCAAGGGGUACAAGGCGCAUGUGCCGUGGCCUGAGAGCAGAGACCAGGUGUGGUACAACAACGUGCCGCACCCGGGCCUGGCGAGCUACAAGAAGGACCAGAACUGGGUGGCGAUGGAGGGAGACAAGCUCGUGUUCCCGGGGGGUGGAACGCAGUUCACCCAUGGCGCCACGGGGUACAUCAACUUCGUCCAGAAGGCGUUCGCUGAUGUGGCGUGGGGCAGGCGAGUGCGCGUGAUGCUGGACAUGGGCUGUGGCGUGGCGAGCCUAUCAGCGUAUUUGGACGCGUUUGACGUGCGAGUCAUGUCCAUGGCUCCCAAGGACGAGCACGAGGCACAGAUCCAGUUGGCUCUAGAGCGGGGAGUGCUGGCAGUGGUGGGGGUGAUGGGCACGCAGCGCCUGCCAUUCUCCUCCAACUCCUUUGAUGCCGUUCACUGCGCUCGCUGCCGUGUGCCAUGGCACAUUGAUGGUGGCAUGCUGCUAUUGGAGCUGAACCGUGUGCUGCGACCAGGGGGCUUCUUCAUCUGGUCGGCCACGCCUGUGUACCGCCACAAGGGGGAUGAUGAGGAGAUCUGGAGAUCAAUGACUGACCUGGCGGAGCGCAUGUGCUGGACGCUGAAGGUGAGGGAGAAGGAGGACGGGCUGGACAACGUGGGUGUGGCCGUGUGGCAGAAGCCCGCUGACAACCGCUGCUACAGCGAACGCAGUGCUGGCACCCCGCCCCCCAUGUGUGAAUCAGAUGAUAACCCCGAUGCUGCCUGGUACGUCCCCAUGAAGGCGUGUCUGAAUCCUGUCCCAGCAUUCAAGGGCAUGCGGGCGGCGCAGUGGCCAGCCAUGGGCAGAGCGAGGCUGAGGGCCGUGCCUGUGUGGCUGCAGAUGCUCAAACGAGGGGUGUUCGGGGGCCCCGCUGUUGCUGAGAUGAAACGCGACCAGAUCCACUGGAAGAAGGUGGUUGCUUUCUACGAUGCGUCGUUUGGCAUCGACUGGAGCACUGUGAGGAACGUGAUGGACAUGAACGCGCACUAUGGCGGGUUUGCAGCAGAGCUAGCAGUGUCAAAGAAGCCUCUGUGGGUGCUGAACGUGGUGCCAACGAGUGGACCCGACUCGCUGCCAAUCGUGUUUGAGCGCGGCCUGGUGGGCAUCUACCACGACUGGUGCGAGUCAUUCAACUCGUACCCGCGCUCCUACGACCUGCUUCACGCUGACCACACGGUCUCACAGGAAGUUGGCAGGUGUGACAUCACUGCUGUCCUACUCGAGAUGGAUCGUCUGCUGCGCCCUGAGGGCUGGGCAGUGUUCCGCGACCAUGCGCGCAUGGGGGGGUCUAUUCUCAGCAUCGCAGCCUCCUUCCACUGGCGCCUCAAGUUCAACCAGACCGAGGGCGGAGAGGUGCUGCUGGCGUUUCAGAAGGGCUUUUGGCGACCCAAGGAAGAGGCUUGA